AUGGUGAAGUCACAUCUCAUUAUUGUGCCAUGUCAUUCAAUUUGGAAGAUUGACGAUGGUUCAGAGCCCGAUAAUUACGGUCAAUCCUCCAGCCAUUGGUUUCUGGAAUCGUUCCAGCACGAGGGCCGUGACCAUCUCUCCUUCAUGAUGCACUCACUAUUGGCAAUCGAGGAGUUGCUGAACGACACAGAGCAUUCAUUAUUGCUUUACAGCGGUUCUUGCACGAAGAAGGACGCCGGAAAUGUUUCUGAGGCUCGAUCUUACUUCUUGCACGCCCGCAAGCUACUGAAGGCAGUCUCAUACGGAUUCGGUCUCCCAGCAGCUUUAACAAGCCAUAAAGGUAUCUCAAAGUGUUGCAAGUCAAUUAACCAGAAAAUGACAAACCAGAAUUUGACCGUGGAAGAGCUGUUUGCAAAGCACGUUGGAACCGAAGAAUUUGCUCUGGAUUCGCUGGACAACUUAUUGUAUUCGUUGGUGAAAUUCAAAGAUUCAACAUCAAGUGAUGCAUCGAAGGUGACCAUAUCUGGUUUUGGUUUCAAAAAAAGACGCUUUCUCGAGCUGCACGCAGUUGCAAUUGACUACCCAGCCGAACAAAUCAAGUAUAUCUCAUACGAGCCUCAACCAAUUUCUAUUCGCGAGGAAGACUUGCAAACUUACACGCAAGAUCUUGAGUAUCAGGAGAUGAAAAACGCGCUUGUGCCUUUCAAAGCAGAUUGGUACGCCUUGAGAGAUCCUUUACUACAGAAAAAACAGCAGCGCAACGUUUUCGGUUUGAAGCCCACUUACAAAUUGCCUUUUGAUGAAGCCGGCAAUGAUGGUGAUGACUAUGCCUUCUUUAAAAACAAUAUUCAGAACAAGAUGCCUUGGUCUGCAAACACUUAA